AUGGAUGACGCUUUCUUAACUCAAGCAGCUGAAUUUGAGAAGAAGGAAUCUAAAGGUAAACAUCAAACUUAUGGAGAGAUGAGGUUACAAGCAAUUAAAGAUAGUGAGGAUAAGAACCUAGCUGGACGUAUAGCCUCUAAAAAGCAACGUGAACGUGAAAAAAUAGAAGAAGGUCUUGAACGAAAUAUUAUAGAGGAAGCAGCAACCGAUGAUAAUCCAGUUGAAGGUUCCUCUAACAAAGCUCUCAAUAUGAUGAUGAAAAUGGGUUUUAAACCUGGUCAAUCUUUAGGAAAGCGUAUAAAUGACGACAAUGAUGAUAAGGUUGAUCAAUCCAAUAAGUCAAUCAAGGUUGACAAUAAAACCAUCUCUGAACCUGUAAAACCAUACUUUUUACAAGGUAGAUCUGGUAUUGGUGUACAGAGAAUCGUUUCAUCGAAGGAGAUUUCGGAAGCUGCUGCAGCUAGCAACGCUCUUAAUGAGAAUCAGCAGGAUUUCAGAUUACGUAAGACUUAUGAAGCUAAUGCACGUAAAUCUGAGGGUAUACUCAAACAAUUACGUACAACUAUCAAGAAUGCAGAUGAAGAUCUAGAAAUAAAGUUCAAUGUCUUUUGGAUUAAUCCGUACGACAUAGAAACAUACCCCCCUUUCAUACUCUCUGAGGAUGUACAGCCUGUGCAGCAUAUCUAUGACAAACAAUCAGAAGCACAAAGAUUGAAAGAACAGAUGCAAAAUGAAAAGUUACGCGAUGAAUAUAUAGAUGGUGAUGAAUACAACGAUAAGAGCAUUCAGAAUAUUGAUGACGUUGAUCCUGAAGUUGUGCAACAAUGCAAAGACUUUCUGAAAUUAGAUCCAAUUAUUCGAUUGAAAUUCACUCAAGAAUAUGCCAGAGAAGUGCACUACUAUUGUUAUUGGUGUGGUACAAAAUAUGACUCUAAAGACGAUAUGAAUGAAAAUUGUCCAGGAUUUGACGAAGAUGAUCAUUAA